UGUGCAUUUCAUGUUGAACAUGUGCAAUAUAUUAUAGGGCCGUUGUUGCCCUGAUACUCCCUGAUAAUCGGUUCUUCAUCUUUAAUGCCCAGGUAACUAACUACCUUUAGAGUCUGGUCUCAGGUUGCCCACCAGCAACGUAUGCAUGACCUGACUGUUGUUGCACAAAGAUCCCAAGGUCAGCUACCUAAGGAGGUAAGUAAGUAUAUUGUCAUACGGCCAAGACUGCCUAGUCUGCCAAGACCCUCGCAGGCCACCCGCAGCCAACAGUUAGAAUCUUGGUGCCCUCUACAAGAGCCCUUGUCAGGGGAUGAAUCUCUACGGAGUAUGGGAUGUCAGCAUCAACUGCAUCUUCUCCCUGAUAUCAUGACAAUUGAACCUCGCAGCUCAGCCGCAUAUCUGCACAAGAUGCCUCAGACGCUUAUCCCAACGCUACAUCAUUUGAACCAUUCAACCUCCCAUCGAUGCCUUUGGGCUCUGGAAGAGCUAAAGCAGGCACGUAACAUAGAGUAUAAGCUCGUAUGCUACGAGCGUCAAACGGGACAGGCGCCAUCGGAGCUCAAGCGCGUGUUUCCUCUCGGCAAAUCGCCAAUCCUUACACUAGAAUCGACAACGGAUGAACCCGUCCCAACGGUUCAAGUGUUUCCGGGCGUGCUCACCGAAGGCCAAUUGAUUCUUCGUUUCCUGAGUGACGAAUACGGCCAAGGUCUCUGGGACCCCGCCAAGGAGGACAAGAAUCGCGAUCUCUUCUUCCAGGGCUUCGCGGUCAUGACAUUAGCUACUAGCAUUAACCAUCUGGUCAUCAUCGAGAGCCCUAUCAGCGCAUUGCCGGUUGGACUUUCGUCGCUUGUUAACUUGAUGGUUUCCCCGAUUACAUCUAUUUUCAAGCGUGGACUGACGCCAAUCUUCGAGUUCCUUGAGGACGCGCUCAGUCAGGAUAAGCCGUUCUUCUCUGGCAGCAAGCUUGGAUUAGCUGACUUCGAUAUCAGCUGGGGCAUGGAUAUAACUUCGCAGAGAGGGUAUUUCGAUGCCAGCAAAUUCCCCAAGCUUCAUGCGUGGCAUGAAAAAAUCAAGGCAAGACUCAGCUAUCGUGCAGCGCUAGAGAUAGGGAGCGGUUAUGAUUUGAAGACUUUUGGAUUGUGAACCGGGCCAGUGAUGAAAUCUACUCUGUAGGCCUAUGCUCAAUUAGAAUAUCAACAUACUGCGUAGGCUUCCCUAUGCAGAUAUUCGUCAACAUGUGAUUUCGCAGCUGAUUAAUGCAAGCCUGGUAACAUGGUGCAUCUCGUGAGUCUUUAAUGCCUC